GAAGGGGGCCACGGAAUCGAAAGGAGAUCUUUCCACCUCAGCUGUGCAGUCUGACCUGUCUCGUGCAACUGGAAAGAUAGUAAAGUUGUGCAGAGAAGGCUACAUUUUACAGAAUGACUUUGAAAAAGAUAGGUAUAUCUGAUCUACAAAUCUCAGGCAAAAGAGUGCUGAUAAGAGUUGACUUUAAUGUUCCACUGAAGAAUGGUGUGAUUACAAAUAAUCAAAGAAUUGUAGCAGCUCUCCCCAGUAUCAAGCACUGCCUAGAUUCAGGUGCAAAAAGUGUAGUGUUGAUGAGCCAUCUUGGCAGGCCUGAUGGACAAUCAAAACCAGAAUUUUCUUUGGCCCCAGUUGCAGAUGAGUUGAAAAAGCUCCUUGGGAGGGAUGUUACAUUUUUAAAUUAUUGCGUUGGAGCUGAAGUUGAAAAGGCUUGUGAAAACCCUACCACAGGUAGUGUUAUAUUAUUGGAAAAUCUCAGGUUCCAUGUUGAAGAGGAGGGAAAGGGUGUUGAUAGCAGUGGAAACAAGGUAAAAGCAAGCAAUGAAGAUGUUGGCAAAUUUAGAGAAUCAUUGUCAAAACUUGGAGAUAUUUAUGUUAAUGAUGCUUUUGGCACAGCGCAUAGAGCUCACAGUUCAAUGGUAGGCAUCUGCUUAGAGAAAAGAGCUGCUGGCUUUUUAAUGAAAAAAGAGUUGGAUUAUUUUGCAAAGGUACUCGAACAACCUGAGAGGCCAUUCCUAGCCAUUUUAGGCGGAGCAAAAGUUGCUGAUAAGAUUAAACUCAUUGAGAAUCUGAUGGAAAAAGUGAAUGAAAUGAUGAUUGUUGGUGGAAUGGCAUUCACAUUUUUGAAAGUUUUGCAUAAUAUGCAGAUUGGGAAGUCCUUGUUUGACGAAGAAGGCUCAAAAAUCAUUAAUGGUCUAAUGGAGAAAGCCAAGGCCAAGGGGGUUACAAUUCACCUGCCUGUGGAUUUUGUAACUGGAAGCAAAUUUGCUGAAGAUGCUGAUGUUAAACCAGCAACACUAGAAGGUGGCAUUGAUAAUGAGUAUAUGGGUCUUGACUGUGGGCCUGAAUCUUUGAAGAAGUUCGUUCAAGUAGUGGACAACGCCAAAUUAGUUUUCUGGAACGGACCAGUUGGAGUAUUUGAAAUGGCAAAGUUUGAGAAGGGUACGCGAGACCUUAUGGAUGCCGUGUGCGCAGCAACAAAAAGAGGCGUAACUACUGUGAUUGGUGGUGGAGAUACAGCGACGGCCUGCAAGAAGUAUGGCAAAGUCAAUGACGUCAGUCAUGUCAGCACUGGAGGAGGCGCUAGUAUCGAGCUGCUUGAAGGACGUGAAUUGCCAGGAGUCAAGUUUUUGUCGGAUUCAGCUUGAGUACCCAAUCUACCAAAAGACAUUUUGCACAGAAAAGCGAGUUACCCCUGUUGUUGAGUCUUGAUGGGACAUUACCAAGAGUGCUUUGUGCUGUUUCAUUUAAAUGCCUAUACACAGUAGAACUUGACAUACAGUAAUUUAUUGAAUCCAACGCUGAAUAUUGCUGCUUUCUUAGAUUAUCUGCUUAAAUUUCAUAUUAAGUAGAUUGAUUAGUUAAUAUUACUUAAAUCGCUAUACAUUUGCGACAGAUGCUGAA